AUGUUUGGGAUUCAGGAGAAUAUUCCGCGCGGGGGGACGACCAUGAAGGAGGAGCCGCUGGGCAGCGGCAUGAACCCGGUGCGCUCGUGGAUGCACACGGCGGGCGUGGUGGACGCCAACACCGCCGCCCAGAGCGGCGUGGGGCUGGCGCGGGCGCACUUCGAGAAGCAGCCGCCUUCCAACCUCCGGAAAUCCAAUUUCUUCCACUUCGUGCUGGCGCUCUACGACAGGCAGGGGCAGCCGGUGGAGAUCGAAAGGACCGCUUUUGUGGACUUUGUGGAGAAAGAGAAAGAGCCAAACAACGAGAAAACCAACAACGGCAUCCACUACAAACUGCAGUUGUUGUACAGCAACGGAGUCAGAACAGAGCAGGAUCUGUAUGUUCGCCUCAUAGAUUCAAUGACCAAACAGGCCAUCGUCUACGAGGGCCAGGACAAGAACCCGGAGAUGUGCCGCGUGCUGCUGACCCACGAGAUCAUGUGCAGCCGGUGCUGUGACAAGAAAAGUUGUGGCAAUAGAAACGAAACACCCUCAGACCCUGUGAUCAUUGACAGGUAA